GGCGCCCGGAAGACCCGGCCCAAGGCGAAGCGCUGGCGUCGGAGAGUGCGCCGGGACGGGACGGGGACAGGGACCGGGACGGGGACAGGGACCGGGGCGAGGCUGUGGCUUCUCCGCGCGCCUCGCUCCUCCGCAGGCCCCCCGAGGACGCGCUCGGACCCGCCAUGGCCCUGGCGCGGGCGCGGCUGCUGCUUGCGCUAGCGGCCUGGCUGGCGCGCGCGGGCGUGGGCGCCGGCGCGGGCGCGAGCUCGGUGCGCGUGGCGGGAGGCCUCACGCUGGGCGGGCUAUUCCCGGUGCACGCGCGGGGCCCAGCGGGCAGGGCGUGCGGGCCGAUCAAGAAGGAGCAGGGCGUGCACCGACUGGAGGCCAUGCUGUACGCGCUGGACCGCGUGAACGCCGACCCCGCGCUGCUGCCUGGCGUGCGCCUGGGCGCGCGGCUGCUCGACACCUGCUCGCGGGACACCUAUGCGCUGGAGCAGGCGCUGAGCUUCGUGCAGGCGCUGAUCCAGGGCCGCGGCGACGACGGCCAUGAAGCGGCGCGCUGCCCCGGGGGCGCCCCUCCGCUGCGCGCCGCGCCCCCCGAGCGCGUGGUGGCCGUCGUGGGCGCGUCGGCCAGCUCUGUGUCCAUCAUGGUGGCCAACGUUCUGCGCCUGUUCGCGAUACCGCAGAUCAGCUACGCCUCCACCACCCCGGAGCUCAGCGACUCCUCGCGCUAUGACUUCUUCUCGAGAGUGGUGCCGCCUGACUCCUACCAGGCCCAGGCCAUGGUGGACAUCGUGCGGGCCCUGGGAUGGAACUACGUGUCCACACUGGCCUCCGAGGGCAACUAUGGCGAGAGCGGGGUGGAGGCUUUUGGGCAGAUCUCCCGAGAGGCUGGAGGGGUCUGCAUCGCUCAGUCCAUCAAGAUUCCCAGGGAACCGAAGCCGGGCGAGUUUGACAAGGUCAUCCGGAGACUCAUGGAGACGCCCAACGCCCGGGGCAUCAUCAUCUUCGCCAAUGAGGACGACAUCAGGAGGGUCCUCGAGGCCACACGCCAGGCCAACCUGACUGGCCACUUCCUGUGGGUCGGCUCGGACAGCUGGGGAGCCAAGACCUCGCCCAUCCUGAGCUUGGAGGAUGUGGCCUUGGGGGCCAUCACCAUCCUGCCCAAAAGGGCCUCCAUCGAUGGGUUUGACCAGUACUUCAUGACUCGCUCCCUGGAGAACAACCGCAGGAACAUCUGGUUUGCCGAGUUCUGGGAAGAGAAUUUUAACUGCAAACUGACCAGCUCAGGCGGCCAGACAGACGAUUCCACCCGCAAGUGCACAGGUGAGGAACGCAUCGGCCAGGACUCUGCCUAUGAGCAGGAGGGGAAGGUGCAGUUUGUGAUCGAUGCCGUGUAUGCCAUCGCGCACGCGCUACACAGCAUGCACCAGGCUCUGUGCCCCGGGCACUCAGGGCUGUGCCCCGCGAUGGAGCCCACGGAUGGGCGGACCCUGCUGCAGCACAUCCGCGCUGUCCGCUUCAAUGGCAGUGCGGGGACCCCCGUGAUGUUCAAUGAGAAUGGAGACGCGCCCGGGCGCUAUGACAUCUUCCAGUACCAAGCAGCCAACGGCAGUGCCCACAGCGGCGGGUACCAGGCAGUGGGCCAGUGGGCAGAGGCCCUCAGACUGGACGUGGAAGCCUUGCUGUGGUCAGGCGACCAGCGCGAGGCGCCCAAGUCACAGUGCAGCCUCCCCUGCGGGCCGGGUGAGCGGAAGAAGAUGGUGAAGGGCGUGCCCUGCUGCUGGCACUGCGAGGCCUGCGAUGGCUACCGCUUCCAGGGGGACGAGUUCACGUGUGAGUCCUGCCCCGGGGACAUGCGGCCCACGCCCAACCACACGGGCUGCCGCCCCACCCCGGUGGUGCGCCUCGCCUGGUCCUCGCCCUGGGCCGUGCUGCCCCUCCUCCUGGCCGUGCUCGGCAUCAUGGGCACCACCACGGUGGCGGCCACCUUCAUGCGACACAACAGCACCCCCAUCGUCCGCGCCUCGGGCCGCGAGCUCAGCUACGUGCUCCUCACCGGCAUCUUCCUCAUCUACACCACCACCUUUCUCCUGGUGGCGGAGCCCGGGGCAGCCGUGUGCUCGGCCCGCAGGCUCUUCCUCGGCCUGGGCACCACCCUCAGCUACUCGGCGCUGCUCACCAAGACCAACCGCAUCUACCGCAUCUUCGAGCAGGGGAAGCGCUCGGUCACGCCGCCGCCCUUCAUCAGCCCCACGUCGCAGCUGGUCAUCACCUUCAGCCUCACCUCCCUGCAGGUGGUGGGGGUGCUGGCCUGGCUGGGGGCCCAGCCCCCACACGGCGUGAUCGACUAUGAGGAGCAGCGCACGGUGGACCCGGAGCAGGCCCGGGGGGUGCUCAAGUGCGACAUGUCGGACCUGUCCCUCAUCGGCUGCCUGGGCUACAGCCUCCUGCUCAUGGUCACGUGCACCGUGUACGCCAUCAAGGCCCGCGGCGUCCCCGAGGCCUUCAACGAGGCCAAGCCCAUCGGCUUCACCAUGUACACCACCUGCAUCAUCUGGCUGGCCUUCGUGCCCAUCUUCUUUGGCACCGCCCAGUCCGCCGAAAAGAUCUACAUCCAGACGACCACGCUGACGGUGUCCCUGAGCCUGAGCGCCUCAGUGUCCCUCGGCAUGCUCUAUGUGCCCAAAACCUACGUCAUCCUGUUCCACCCGGAGCAGAAUGUGCAGAAGCGGAAGCGGAGCCUCAAGGCCCCCUCCACGGUGGCUGCUCCACCCAACAGCGAGGACAAAGAGGAUCCCAAGUAGCAGGGCAGUGAGGCCAGGACCAGUGGCUCCCGCCGCCUUCCCUUCCUGGCCCUCUGGUCACUGGCACGGUAGACACCAAGAGGAGGGGUCCGUGAAGGCCACGCUGGGAUGGAGAUGGCCCUUGCCUCAUGCCCCCCCCCGCCUUUCGGGGUCAGCCAGCUCCACGUGCUCCCUGAGACUGGACUUCCUGCCUGGGGCUGCUCUGCAGAGGGUCUCGAGCCCCCAGGCUCGGACUCUGAGAGAGUGGCCCUCCUCAGCCACUCUCUGGAGUUCUGGCAUCGUGGCAGGGCCUGCACACCCAGGGGGCCCUUGGCCGGCCGAGGGAGAGGUCCCCACAGGAGAGGCCUCGGGCCUGGACCCUGCACCGAGGGGCUAGGUUCUGGAGACCCUACUGCCAGGCACAGGGCCGGCCUGCAGGGAGAGCCCCAUGAGCAGACGUGAAUGAGCACUCAGGGCACUCCUGCCUGAGUUACUACAUGCAGGCACGGGGCUGGCCACCCCUAGAGCUCGGCAGCUCCUCUUUCCAUGUGUACCCCUUAAAUGCACAGCCUGGGAAAUUCAAAUGCACUUGUGUGGGAGUAAAGCAGCGGUGGCAUCUGUGUGCUCUGAUGCCUGGGGGAUGUUGUGUUCCGAGCCAGUUUGGGACCAGCGAAAGCUUGUCAUGUCCAUGGGGAAGGUUCAUUCCAAGCGCAGAAUUUAGGAUGGACAGAAAAACUUCCUUCCCAGUACUUUUCUGAACAACAGAAGAUGCUUGGAGUGCAGAUGGAUGAAUGUUCACUUCUCAGUCAUCUUUCUAACAAAAAUCUAGAUUUUGAUUAGGAAAUUUUGUUUCCCUGGGGGAAGGAUUGAAAUGUAUUACGUUGGCUGACUGAUGAGUCAGAGCUCUGUAACAUCUAAUGUCUGUGAUGGUGUGAAGGAGAACCACACUGCAUACAACCCAGAGUCUCUGAUCCCCAUUAAGCUUGGGAGUAGGGGCUGUUUUUCUGCACUUGGAACGUGAACUAGGUUUUUCUUUAGACUCACCUUGCCAAAGGGCAGAUCCUCCUCACUGCUGGAGUUGGGGGCUUGCCCAGUGGGGACCAUGGAGCUUUGUUCACUGCUGAAUGCUUUCCACAAUUCAUUAGUUUUGAGGGCUUCUUUCCUCUGUGGGUCCUCUGUGAUUACUUUCUGCAUUUGUGCUGUUGCAGGGUUUUCCUCCUAAAUGAGCACUUGAGGGUCAGUGAGCUCUGAUCUCCAAAUGAAGUGGUUUGUUUCAUUUACUCUUUUCUUAGUGUCUUUUCAAGUAUGAAUUCUUUGAUGUGCAGUGAGUUUUGACUUCUAGUUGAAAAGUUUUCCACUUUAAAAAUACGUAUUUAUGAGGUUUUCCCCACUCCAAACUCUGUGACUUAGAGUUAGAAUGGUUUCUUAGUGGACGAAGCAUUUCCACGUGGUGGCACAUAAGGGAUUCCUCGCUAGUGUGAAGUUCCUGACUUUGAGCCCUCGCUUGGGGCAGAGACCCACACACACAUGGCUCCCCCUCUUGCUGAUGGGAAUUCAUUUUCUUUCCAGUGCUGGGGAUCAAAGCCAGAGCCUUGUACAUGCUAGGCAAGCUGUCUACACUGCUCCCCUCUCUCCCAGACCCUGACGGGGAUUCAUCCGACCUCAGUGCUAUCUUUCUAUUUGGGGCUUUCUCACAUUCAGUGCGCUGAGGGCUGGCUGCACACUAGGCGCUGUCUCGUGGAUGUCCUCCUGUUUAUUACAUUCACAAGGCUGCUCUCCCUUCUGAGUUUCCCAGUGUGUACAGAUGUAUGUUUUCUCUGAGAACUUUCCCAUAGUCUGUGUAUGCAUGAAAUCUUUUGCUUUGAUCAUUUUUUGAUGUUUAGUGAAGGGCUGACACCUCCCUAAAAGUUUCCCUGUAUUUUGCUGCACAAUUUUAAUUCCCUGAUGUCCAAUCAGGCUGACUGAAGUCCUGAAUGAAGUGUGGUGUUUUUUCCAGUCUGUGGAAUGUAGAAGGCACUCUGUUAGUAGGGGAUCUCUCCUGUUGGAUAAGAGUUGGGUUAUACCAGAAGGCUGUCUCAUAUUCAUCGUCUUGAAUUAUUUCUCCCUGGUGAAAAUUAUAUGUUCCAGGGAAAGUGGAAUUCUGCAUCGGGGCUCAGUCAGCAUUUACUACAAUGGCAGUGUUUCGCUCAGGUGUGAGUUUUCCAGAGCAGAGUGAGAAUGCAUCUUUUUUUGGUACCAGGGAUCGAACGUGGGACCUUGCACUUUCGAGGCAGGCAGCAGAACCACUGAGCUAAAUCCCUGGCCCAAGAUUGCAUCUUGAUGUAAGCUUGGUGCCACCUCUGCUGCAUUUCCACCUGUGGUCCAAGGUGCUGACACUUUUGCUAAGAGGCUUUUUCUAUUAUAUUCUGAUGCUUCAUCACCAGUGUGGAUUUUUUGACACAUUAUCACAUUGUCACAUGUAUUGUACGUUCGCCCUUUGAAAAUGCCCCUACUUCAUUACACACACUGCCUCCCCCUUCAUUCAGUGAAAUCUUAUUAAAUAAAUGUAACUUUUCCCCAGAGGUUUGUGGCUUUCUUUUGCUUCUUUAUAUAUUUAUCAGUCUUCAAGACUUCUACAGUGGAAUAGAAUGCACAAUUCCAAGAAUAUCCACCAUCAUUUUACUGAGUGGAACAGCUUCAUAAAUCUUCUUUAUCCACACGGUUUGACC